AUGGCACUCUGCUUUCUGGCCCUUCUCCUUUCCGUUGCCAUUUCCACAGACGGCGCCGGCGAGUGUCCGAAAUCAACCCCGGACAACGAAGACCUGAAGCUGGCUCCGUGCGCGUCAGCAGCGCAGGACGCUAACGCGGCCGUCCCGAGCAGCUGCUGCUCUCAGGUGAAGAAGCUGGGAAAGAACCCCAAAUGCCUCUGCGCGGUGAUGCUCUCGAAUAUGGCCAAAAUGGCCGGGAUUAAUCCUCAAAUCGCCAUCGGCAUUCCCAAACGUUGUAACCUUGCCGAUAGGCCAGUUGGUUACAAGUGUGGAGCUUAUACGUUUCCGUGA